AACCGUCGAAUGUACUUUGUUACAUUUGGACAAAAUUGUAGCGCAUUUUGCUGGAUAACAUUUUCAACUGACAUUUGAAGUUCUGUUCGGUGCGUGAGGUCGAAUUUUUGGUAUAUACACGUUCAUUAUUUCUCCGAAAAAUAUACAAAUUGGCCAAACUUGCAUUGGAAUGCACAGCACCAUAUUCAAUGACACACGAUAGUUUUUGGGAUUGAUUCCAAUAUUUCGCAUUGAGUACGUUAAAAGAGCACAUAUAAUUAGGCAUUGAACGGCAUUGGUCUGCGUCAGACCAAUUUGUAAUCAGCAAGUGAUUAAUCAAUUUUUCAAGCAAAUACGAUGCCAUUCAAUUUGAGCGCCAAAUAAAAAACACGAACCACGAAAAUCAUUCAAAAUUCUAGCGAAUAAAUUUGGAAAUUGCUCGAAUCCAAUGCGAAAAUCUGCAAGGUGGAACAAAUCAUCCGAACCAAUGUUAAACGCUUUUAAUCUUGUGAUUUGACAUUCACGAAUAUUAAAAUGGAUUUUUUUUUCUCACUAAAAAUAGUAGAUAUUUAUAUACCCGAUAUUUGUUUGGACCAACGUAACAAUCGAAAUGUAUGCAAAUCGGAUGCUCUCUUACUCGAAAACACGCAAAUCAAGAAAACCAAAACACUUUCGGACUUUCGGAUGGAAUUCGUGAGAUAAUUUUUUUUAAAUGUUCGGCGUCAUAAUCAAAAUUCCAAAUUAAUUAUCUAAAAAUAACAAACGGAUUUUGGACAAUAUAAUACAUCAAUGGGUAAAAUGCCAAAGUGUCGUGCCGGUUGUCCAUCCACGAAAUUCAAAAGUACGCAUUUCAUUCUGGCUGUAUCAAAUGGUUUUUAAUCGGAUUGCAUGUGGAUGAUUUGUAUAUGGACGAGCUGUCAUUCAUCGAAGACCAAUUAAUAAAUUAAUUAUUCUCUUCGAAAUAAAACAGUUAACCAUUUUUGUUUCGGAGAUUUUCAGACAAUUCCGGUGAAAGGUGUAUAUGGGUAUGAUGCAGAAUGAAUAUCACCCGAAAAAGACGAUUUUCUAAAAGUUAAUGUCACAACCUUUCGAUCGAUUUUGUGAUGGAUGACAUUGAUUUUGGCCGCAAAAUCGGAAAACCAAAUUCAGAAUAUUAUUAAUCGCAGUUGAAAAUGGGCGUUUUCUUGGAAUCGAUCAAAUUUGGAUGCUGAAUUUAGGGAAAAUGCCAAUCGAACGUGAUGAUUAACCGAAUAUGCAAUGCACCUUUUACCAACUACUAAUUAUCGAUUACUUUUACGGAAAAGUCGAGGCAAUCAAAUUAUAUGGAUCACAACUUUCAUUAAGUAAUUACAGGCAAAAGAUUAAUCGAUUCAUUGUCAAUGCUAUGAGAAAAAGACGAGAAUAUUUCAUUUAAUUGAAGUAAAUUUGAAAUGUAUAAUUGAAAAUGCGCCAAAAAUGUGAACGUGACAAUUCUAACGUACGAUAAACGGUGUCGUCUCCAUCGAAAAUGUCAAACAUGGAAUGACAGCGGCGAUGGCAUUUGUUGUAGUUGAGCGACACACCACUAGGCGGAUACGGUUGUUUUUUAAUUACAUUUGUCGUAUUUGCUAUAUUCUCUCAUACCAGAGAUUGAUUGUCAAAGAAGCUAUUUUGAGAAUUUGAUUUAGUACCAAAAAGUUUUUGUUCCAUUCAUUUUAGUUUGAGUGCAUUUCGGCUGACCAAGAACAGAGAGUUACAAUCGUGAAAUUACGCAUAUUAUUAUCAUUGAUAAAUGAAUGUUCUGGAUGGAUUUGAACAUUUUUCCAAAACAUAAAUCAAAUUAUCUAAGCGCUAACAGGUUAUGUUUACAAACGCCUAUCGACAUUAAGUAACAACAUUGUUCCAGAGUUUUUGUAUUUUCACCACAAACUCUUUGCCUGGACACUACAAUUCAAUUGAGAUUAGAAUGAUAUAAAGAGUACAACAAUCUAUUUCCAAAAUGAAGAAAAUAGCCGAGCAAAAACUUCAGGCGUUUGCGAUUGGUGCAAUGGGACAGAGGCCAUUGUCACGGCGCGAGCAAGAGGAACGCAGGAAACGAGAGGAGGAACAAGCCGCUGCAUCUGUAUUCAAAGAGUUUGUCGAAACUUUCCAAGAAGCACCGUCAUCGGUGACAAAAGUAUGGGUCAAAGCCGGAACAUACGAUGCUGGAUCACGAAAGGAAGACAAUCGGGAAAAAGGAAAACUGUACAAACCUCAAGCCAAACUUGAAGAAAAAGUCGUUGAAAAGACGAUUGAAACGGCAAAAUUGCCAUCAACGCUAUCAUCAACCAAUGCCUCAAAGAAAGAAAGUUCCUCGAAAAAAAACAAAACUCAAGAGAAAAAAAAGAGUAACUUGGAAUUAUUUAAAGAAGAAUUACGACAAAUGCAAGAGGAGCGUGAAGAGCGUAUAAAGUACAAGACGAUUGCAAAGACUAUGAUCCAUGCCGAUACAACAUUAGCGGCAUUUACACGUGAACCGGAUGUCGCACCAACGACAUAUGGAUCCAUGGAUAAUGGUGAUCCAAACACAACAAACAUUUAUCUAGGGAAUUUAAGUCCAAAAAUAACCGAGCAACAAUUGAUGGAAAUUUUCGGUCGUUACGGUCCAUUGGCAAGCAUCAAAAUUAUGUGGCCACGCUCCGAAGAGGAGAAGCAACGUGGGCGAAAUUGUGGUUUCGUUGCCUAUAUGAGCCGUUUGGAUGCCGAACGGGCUCUGCGCUGUUUGAAUGGACGCGAUGUCAUGGGCUAUGAAAUGAAACUUGGCUGGGGAAAAUCCGUUUCGAUUAUGACCUAUCCCAUUUACAUACCGCCCACUCUAAUGCAACACUACAUGCCACCGGCACCAUCAGGAUUGCCUUUCAAUGCUCAACCCCAGCCAAACGAAGCCGAAAAUUUUCCACCGCCAGAUUAUUUUCACGAUUACAACAAAGAUCCAGACAUAAAACGUGAUAUGGAAGAGCUCGCCUAUAAAAGUAUUGUUAAAGUUAUGAUUCCAACAGAACGACCGCUGUUAGCGCUUAUUCAUCGUAUGAUCGAAUUCGUUAUUCGCGAAGGACCAAUGUUCGAAGCAAUGAUUAUGAGCAAAGAAAUCGACAAUCCCACAUUUCGGUUUUUGUUUGAGAACGAAAGUCCGGCACAUAUCUACUAUCGAUGGAAGCUGUUUUCAUUGCUGCAAGGAGAUACACCGACUGAAUGGCGCCAAAAAGAAUUCCGAAUGUUCGAAAUGGGCUCCAUAUGGAAACCACCACCGCUGAAUUUCUACACACAAGGCAUGCCCGAGGAACUGAUUGUGGACGAAGAAGCACCCGAAAUACGCAAGGGAACACUUUCAACUGCGCAACGUGAUCGAUUAGAGGAUUUGAUACGCCACCUAUCUCCGGAACGAUCGAAAAUCGGUGACUGUAUGGUGUUCUGUAUCGAGCAUGCCGAUGCGGCCGAUGAAAUCUGUGAAUGUAUCGAAGAAUCAAUGUCAAGCACACAAACAUUGAUUAGCAAAAAAAUUGCACGGCUUUAUCUAGUUUCGGAUAUUCUACACAAUUGCACCGUUAAGGUUUCUAAUGCAAGCUUCUACCGGACUUCAAUGGAAAAAUACCUAGAGGAAAUAUUCAGACAUUUGAAUGCAUCGUACAAAAGCUUAGAGAGUCGACUAAAAGCAGAAGGUUUUAAGGCGCGCGUUGUGCAAGUGCUGAAAGCCUGGGAAGAAUGGCUUGUGUAUGACCGAGAAUUCAUUAACAAACUGAAAACAAUAUAUUUAGGCAUUCAACAUACGAGUGAAAAACAACCAGAACCAGAACCGUUGCUUGGUUCGGGCGAUGAGAAAGAAGAUGAAGACUUAGAUGGCGUUCCGUUGGACGGUGCGGCUCUACUCAAAAGCGCAUUCAUGCGCGGCAUUCCUGGAGCUGCAUCGAGCGCAACCGAAUCGCCAUCACAAGAGCGGAUGGCACGCGUUCAAGAGAAUGCUGAUUCAGAAUACGAAGAUGACAUUGAUGGGAUUCCAUUGGAUGAUCCUGAUAUUGACGGUAUACCGAUUGGCAAUAAAAACGACCGCAGCCCUGUUCUAGCAGCAGCCGGAUUUAUACCGUCAAAAUGGGAGACGGUGGAUCCGGAACAGAUUGAGGCACAAGCAAUAACAACAAGCAAGUGGGAAACAUUGGAUCCUGUGAAAGAGUUACAGCCGUCGGCAAACUUGUCGGAGGAUAGUUUCGAUAGCUUUGAAUAUAGCGAAGGUACACGAGACUAUGACGAAGAGAAGCGGCUUCGAUUGCGAGAAGUUGAAUUGAAAACCGUGCAGUACCAAGAUUCCCUCGAAUCGGGGCAGCGGAGCUUGAAAUCGGGAUGGUCGAUGCAACAACAAUGCGAACAUUAUCGAAGGAAGCUAAUGAAACGAUCGUUGCGUGAACUGCAACAAGAUUCACCACAAUCGGGGCGAACAUCAUCUCUAAAACGUAGCCCCAGCCCAGUGGAUUCGUUGAAAAAAUUGAAAAAAUCAAAACGUUCUCCAUCGCCACAGUAUAAUCGAAACACAUCGUCUCGUCGUCGAUCCCGUUCGCCGGGAUAUAGUAAAAAAUCACGAGAAUCACGAGAGUCAGCCUCACCUUCCAGCAGAUACCGUAAACACCGACGAUCGAUGUCUCGUUCGAGCUCAUCGCAUUCACCGAAGCGGUUCAAUGACCGCUCCCUCUCACCCUCAUCAAGAUCUUCAAAAUAUGAUAGCAGUCGACGAUAUAACCGAUCACCGUCACCGGUAUCAUCAAAAAGCAGUGGUCGACACAUACCAUCAUCACCAAAUCGAUACUCUACCUCUAAGCGACGUAAGCAUCACCACUAAAACCGUUUUCUGUAUAUUUUCAAGCAUCAUCGUGACAUCGCCAUAUCGAAAUUGAUGAUAGCGAAUUUACAGAGCCGAUGCACAAAUGCAUGUGAGUGAGAAUGAAAAAUAAAAAAAAAAACGUUUAGACAGUCAGCCCGCUUUCAUGCUCCGAACAAGAAAGACAUUAUUUCAAAAUCCGAAUAUUUGAAUGGCAGAACAUGAAUAAAACAUAGAAAUUUUUUGAAAAACAAA